AUGUCGGGCGACUCGCGGCGGGGGUCGCUGCAGCCCUCACUGAACCAGCUGCACGCAACAGCGUCCCGCUCCGAUACGCUCACCACCUUCGACGAUUUCACUGUACCCCCCGCCCCCUCUGUUGUUGGCGAGCCCAAGGGAAUCGAUUUGGUCCAGGGUGGCUUCAGUGGCCUGUACAGCCGCUUGCGCGCUUCCGUAGGAGGUGCGAGGGAACAGCCCCAAGAUGGGCACGGCAGCAUGGCUGGCAAGACCGCUACGCCACCAUCCUCAAGGCAUGGAGUCGCCAAUUCCAGCCCUGGUACUACUUCUGUGUCGUCUCCCAUUGUUGCGUCUGGCCCAUCGUCGAGACUACAAUCGCCAGCGACAGCCACCUUUGCCGAAGCUCUUCCUCCCUCGCGCGACUCCAACAUUUCUAGCACAACGAUAACAAGCAAGGCUUCUAUCUCCACAACCCGAUCUCGACCCUCCGUUGCCCCGACUCUCGAUACUGUGUCCGCUUCUCGACAGGAUGACGCCUACGUCCUGAGUCCUGUCAGCACUCACUCCAAAGCACAUGGCACAUCCCACACAGACCUGCCGAGAAGCAACACGCCUCGAGAUCUUGCACACCAAGACAAUGACGACAUAGAUGAUGAGGGUAUGGCGACUACUGGGCUUGAAGGCUCAGUGGGCGAUGGUGCCAGGUUCAAAAAUGGAGCAGAUGCCUCCCGUGAUAGUUUGAGUAGAGUUACUUCUCGAACAGACAGCCAAUAUCAGCCUCCUCGCUCUGCGGCCAGCAAGGCGAGAGAUCAGCUUGAAAAGUCUGCAGAGGCAGCCCAAGCCAACCAUGCUACCGGAAACUCCCAAAGUUCAUUACAUAAACCCGAACCGCAACGUCCGCCCCUGCUUUCGGUCGGUCCCUCACACCUUCCCGGCUACCACCUCUCAAGGGCUUCUUCUUCCGAUGGCUUGAGCUCUGCCGCAACCACCUCAACCAUCCGCAAUCCUACUGUGCCCCCCAUCGAGGAGAUUCAACGCCGAACCCAGGCUGCACCUGCGGGACAAAGCGCAGCACGGAGCACCUUUACACAGAUGCGGAGGAAAAUCUUGGACCGCGAGUUUUGGAUGCGGGAUGAGAACGCAAAAGCCUGUUUCAACUGUGGUGAUGCCUUUACUACCUUUAGACGAAAGCACCACUGUCGGACAUGUGGACAAAUCUUCGAUUCCAAAUGCACUUCGAUCGUAUCUGGUAAGAUCUUUGGUCAGCAGAGCAACCUCAAAGUUUGCAAGCCAUGUGAGAGUAUCAUAUACGGUCACGACGAGGACUCUUCCGAUUUUACAGAUGACGGUGACCAGGCUUCCCUGUACGAUCAUGGUGAUCAGGUUCAUUACUCGGACAAUGAAGAGCCUGAUCACGUUGAGAGUGAUUACACGAAAAUUGGAACACCGACCAUUAGCAUUCCCAUGUCCAGAAAGAUUGGCAGUGAAAAGAAGCGUCGACAGCAUGUUAUAGAAGUUGGUCCUCCAACACUAGCUCGCCCCAGUUCUUCGCGCUCUCUACGGUCUAUGGGAGGCCGGCCACGCUCCUCUAGCCACAAACGGCACCCUUCCAAACAUCAGCACAUGCGAAAUGUCAAGCAUGAUGACCGGGCACCUUUUCAUCAAUAUCACGACAACUCACGCAGUCAACCUAGUCUGUCGGCUUUCCAUCACGAUAAUAUCAUUGAUCCAGAUCUUGCGCCAUUCAUGUCUGAUGAGGGCUCGAGUGAAGAAGAGCACGCCAGCAUUUUUGCAACUCUUAGGGAAGACCCCGCUACUAGUGCAAACCUCGACACCGAAAAGGGUGGGUUGGGUGGCAUCCUAGCUGCGAUGAGGAAGGGAAAAUCCAGAGCUGGUGACAGGAGUGUCAUUGGCACAGGACACGCUCGAGACGCAGACAACGUCAGCAUCACGAGUCGCAAUGGCAACCGGCCAUCUCGGCGGAGAAAUCUCAGCGUGAGCAGUGUGACACAUAGAGCCUCACCAAGACGGUCCAAGAGCAACACUUUGCUGAGACCUUAUACUGGCUAUGGUGCUAGUGGUCCAGGUACACCGCAGCUGCAGCCAUCUCCAUCACCAACACCCUCGGGAUCAAGAAUUACGCGUAGUGCAUCAAUGCAGGGCAUGACACCCAAAGUCGAACUUAACAAAGCUAGUCUUGACCACGCGCGAAAGUUGUUGAUUCAGAUGCUCAACGACUCGGACGUACCACACGCAUCCAGCUGGGAAAAGGCAUUGAUUCCAAUUCUGCGGCAAUGCACGGAUGAUGUCAAUCCUGACGUGGACCGAGGGGACGACAUUGACGUUAGAAAUUACAUCAAACUGAAGAAAAUUCCAGGUGGCAAACCAAAGGACACAGCGUACAUCUCUGGAGUUGUUUUUACCAAGAAUGUCGCCCUACGAAGCAUGCCACGGAGCAUACCUAACCCACGGAUUGCGAUCAUAACCUUCGCAAUCGAAUAUGCACGGCAUCAAGCACAUUUCAUGAGCCUGGAGCCCGUCAUCGCACAGGAGCGUGAAUACCUUCGUAAUCUGGUCAGUCGCAUAGUGGCUCUCGAGCCCCAUGUCUUGUUGGUGCAGCGCAAUGUGUCAGGCCUCGCCCUUGAAUUCUUGGAACAAGAGGGAAUAGCCGUGGUUCACAAUGUCAAACCCACAGUGCUCAACGCUGUUGCUCGCUGCACGAAUUCGAGGAUGAUUUCAUCCGUCGACAAGCUCGCAAUAGACCCAUCCCAUUUAGGAUCUUGCAGCAGCUUCGAUGUAAAGACAUAUGUGCACCGCAAUGUGAAGAAAACAUACAUAUUUCUUUCUGGAUGUCAAAAGGAACUCGGAUGCACAAUCGUGCUGAGGGGGGCUAAGAGUGAGGAACUUUCGAGGUUGAAACGCAUCACUGAGUUCAUGACUUAUGUUGUCUACAACCUUCGUCUAGAGACUUGUUUGAUGCGAGACGAGUUCAUAGAUACACCUACAACUUCUAUGACUGGUACUCUUGCAUCUUCCACUGAGCAAGACGACCGGCAAGCACAGAACGUUGGAGUUGAUUCUGCCACUCAACGGGCGGGCGAUCAAGAUCAGUCCAAUGAUGCCGCUCCCUCCUACUACAGCGAUAUGGUUGAAAAUCACCGGACAAAGAUUUUAUCCUCUUCGCCUUUUGUCAAGUUCAUGCAACCCUAUCUGCUUGAACAGGCUCGCCAGUACGAAGCGAAAUUAGGGCAUCUCAAGAAGCUCAAAAAUCAGUACACUGCUGAUGGCCCCGAGGAUGACGAAAAGGCUGGGGAAGUUGGCCAAAAAUUCGAGCUCGUGCAACCUGAGAUGGUUCACACGGUUGUUGAAAAGGCGUCCAAGCAAGUUCGAGAGUUUUUAUCUGCUGUGCAUGAAUCCGAGUACGACAGAGCUAUGCAGCAGUAUAUGACACAAAGACGUCAGUGGGAGCAAUAUCUUUCUGGAAAUACCGAUCUUUACGACCCAUUCAAUCACCAAAAAAUUGCCGUCCUGUACAGCGUGGUCAACACGAUAACUUCUACUCCCUGUAUUGGACCUGAGAUCAUCGCCCUCGGCUUCUAUCAAGAACAUGAUUACGACGAUGGCUUCACACCAGACUGUACGCUUGGACAGUAUGUGGAGGACCUCUGCACUUCAGCCGGUGUCGCUUGCGAAGUAGGCAAUUGCGAUCGAAGGAUGCUCGACCAUUCUCGUCAAUAUGUACACGGCGAGGGCCAAAUGACUGUGGUUGUCCAGAAGUAUCCUCCAAAACUGAAGGGCAUGUAUCAGACCAUCCUAAUGUGGAGCUGCUGUAGGAUAUGUGGUCAGGAAACCCAGGCUUUCCCCAUGUCCGAAUGGAGCUGGAGAUAUUCUUUUGCAAAGUACCUCGAACUGACCUUUUGGAGCACGCCACUGCAUCCCCGGGCAGGUAUAUGCCCACACGAUAUUCACAAGGACCAUGUCCGCUACUUUGGGUAUAAUCACGUUGCUCUUCGAAUCCAAUACGACCCUGUGCCAAUGUACGAAGUCAUUGCGCCGAAGCCCAAUGUCACCUGGAAGGUUGAUAGCGACCUGAAAUUGAAGAAUAGUCAAUAUCUCAUGAUUGAGGAGAAGCUGGACUGCUUCAUGGCGUCACUCCGUGCUCGCAUCCAAGGCAUACACGUUGAAGACGUAAUCCCAGAAAAGGUUGAUUUGUGUCGGAAAGAGGUCGACUUGCUUCUCAAGCGCGCAAACGAAGAGCAUGAAUGGUUGAAAGCGAAGCUUCAAGACAAGUACAUGAGCUCAAAGUAUUACGAGAUCAUUCCUAUGAACCGCGCCAUUCGUGCUAUCCAAGAGAAAGCCAUUGCUUGGGAUGUGACCUUUACGGAGUUUGAGCAGCAAUUCUUUCCGACUGAGCGGGAUAUCCGAAGAUAUGCGAACAUGCAAUUGAAGCGGUUUCUGGAGCGCGAUGAGUCGACAAGCUCAUUGGCAUCGGUUGAAGAAGGCACCGAGUCCGGCGCAGACGAUUCGUACAUGGAUGAGAAAGAAGAACCCAUAGCUUUAUCCCCUAGGCCAUCCAACAUGUCCCCAGAAAUGGCCCGUGAUAUGCUGAGUUCUGUUGUUAAAGAAGAGGGCUCGACUUCCGAUCCACCCGCUGACGAGACACCUUCGACGCCAGAGAGCAAGACCCCCACAUCUCCAAAAGCGGCCGCUGACUUGGGAAUUCAGACGCCACGUGAGGCGAUAGAACGGGAGGAUGUACGCCACCUCGAUUUGGCUAUCUCAUCCAAUUUCCCGGACAGCCGUCCCAUUGCCAGUGAAGAGCUCAACAAUAGUCCUAUCGUUGCUUCUGACCCUAGCAGAUACGAUGAAGGAUCUCCUACGCCUACAAGUCCACCCAAAGUGAACCCUCUCGACAAGCAGCUUGCAGAAGCAAUUGAAAAUAUGCCCAGUAGCCCAACGACCCUGCAGUGUGCUCCUAGUCCGGCUACAGAAAGUAAGAUUCCUCGUCCGGUUGAAUUGGCUAAGCGCGAAACUGCUGCAAGGCCAGCGUCGCUUGUCAGAACACAGUCUCAGCCGGGCAACAUUGCAAAGCACAUAGGUCCUUUCCCUGGAUCGUCGGCCUUCAACAACGGGCCUACUACGCCAAAAGCUAUUGCCAAUGACAGCUCCAAGGCAUUCGAACGCAUGACUGAGCGACUAGGAAUGGGAGCUCCUAAACAGACCAAGUCUUCCUCUCGUAUUCCAAGAUCUAUCCCUUACAAGAGUCAAACCAAGGUUUCAAAGAUUGCACAACACUUUGAACAGCUGUCAAGAGAGUUCCAGAACCAACGCAUGCGUGAACGACGCAAUGAUCGUGCCCGGCAAGUGCGCGCUUUCCCGCUAGCCUCCUCAAAGCCAGUUGUCGAGGUAUACAAGAAUGUGCAUGACGCUGUGCAGGAAAGUGAGGAUUCCGACGAAGAGACACCUGCGCAAUCUCCUUCUAGGGGCAGUCUUGACAAUAGUACUCUCGAUACCAGCACCUUUACGGAGAAUGCAGACGACACAACCACGGCUUCACAGUCACCUAUCGGAGAGCGUCAUAGCAAAGAUGGGCUGCUAGUACCUCCACCAAGAGACGACGAGUCGCCCAAAUCUCGCAUUCACUUUCCUCCAGACAUUGACAACGAUGUCAGUGAUACAGAGACUACACCAGAGGAUAUUCCAUUACCCGACAGUCUUGCUAGUUCUCAGCUCUUGAAUCUUAGCGACUCUCAGUUGGAAAAUUCGCUAGAACUACCCAAGCACGAGAAGAACACUUUGCUCAAGAUUCUGACAAGCUUUUGGUCCGAGCGAUCGGCUAGUGGUUGGACACCGCUUGAAUACCCGUUUUCACAGAUCGAACACGUCUGGGAGAACUCUGACAUCAUUAUUCGGGAAGACGAGCCUAGCUCCAUCAUCGCCUUAGCUUUGUCAUGCCCCGAUUAUGUGGCUAAACGACAGUCCUUCCGCGAUUUGAGCACAGGUCCUGAUGGCCAUGUUGAGACAUUUGAGGAGUCUGUUGAACGUAACCUACUCCAUGAGGAAAAUCACAAUAUUCGCUAUAGCUUCACGAACCGUGGAGUGAAGGCACACUGCAAAAUCUUCUACGCGCAGUCAUUCGAUGCUCUUCGCCGUAAAUGCGGUGUUGCCGAGCGUUUCGUUGAGUCUCUUUCUCGAUGCUCCAAGUGGGAUUCCAAGGGUGGGAAGUCGAAAUCUAUCUUCUUGAAAACCCUUGACGAUCGGUUUGUUUUGAAAUCUCUCUCCCCAGUAGAGGUGCAAGCUUUCUUCAAGUUCGGGCCUAACUACUUUGCCUUUACGCACCAGAAUCUAUUCAAGUCUCUGCCUAGUGUCAUUGCGAAGAUGUUUGGCCUUUUCCAAGUCCAAAUCAAGACGCCUACUGGCCGAGACUUUGAUUGGUACAUGCUCGUCAUGGAGAAUCUCUUUUACGAUCGCGAACCCAACCGGCGCUACGACCUUAAAGGCAGUAUGCGCAACCGAAAAAUACAGGCCACUGGCGAGCGCGAUGAAGUUCUUCUUGAUGAGAAUCUCGUAGACAUUAUCUACUCAGAAACCCCCAUCUUCGUCCGUGAGCACACCAAGAAACUGCUCAAAGCCAGCGUCUUCAACGAUACCCUGUUCCUCUCACAGAACAACGUUAUGGACUACUCACUCAUGGCCGGCUUCGACGACACAAACCGCGAAAUCAUUGUAGGUAUCAUCGAUUGCAUCCGCACGUACACAUGGGACAAGAAAUUGGAGAGUUGGAUCAAGGACCGUGGCAAGAACAAACCUACAAUCACAUCGCCCCGCGAUUACCGCAACAGGUUCAGGAUCGCCAUGGAAAAGUACAUUCUCCAGGCGCCAAAUUGCUGGCACCAGUUCAGCGGCAGGCUUGUGGGUCAGAGCAUGGAUGGACGCAGGACGAUAGGUGAUGGCGGGGCUGCUGCGCCGAUGGAGCCAGGGCACCGGAGGGUAUUUAGUAAUGCAAGCACAACAGGGUCGGCGAGUGGAAGGGACAUGGGCGCAACAUUGGCGUGGGGGUCGAGUCCGAGAGACUCUAGAAGAGUCUGA